AUGCUGUCGGGAAUCCUGAUCUUCAAUCAAAAGGGCGAGAACCUGAUCUUCCGGGCGUUCCGCAACGACUGCCGCCCGCGCCUGGCCGACAUCUUCCGCAUCCAGGUCAUCUCGAACGCGCAGGUGCGCUCGCCCAUCCUGACGCUGGGGUCGACGACCUUCAGCCAUGUGAAGCACGAGAACAUCUACCUGGUGGCGGUGACGAAGAGCAAUGCCAAUGCCGCGCUGGUGUUUGAGUUUUUGUAUCGCCUGAUCGUGUUGGGGAAGGGGUAUUUUGGCAAAUUUGACGAGGAGGCCAUCAAGAACAACUUUGUUCUUAUCUACGAGCUGCUGGAUGAAGUCUUAGACUUUGGAUACCCCCAAAACACGGAAACCGACACGCUGAAGAUGUACAUCACGACGGAAGGGGUCAAGUCGGCGAUUGCCAACUCGGCGACGGACUCGAGCCGGAUCACGAUGCAAGCGACGGGGGCGCUGUCGUGGCGACGGGCGGACGUGAAAUACCGCAAGAACGAGGCGUUUGUGGACGUGAUCGAGGACGUCAACCUGCUCAUGUCGGCGACGGGGACGGUGCUGCGCGCCGACGUGACGGGCCAGAUUGUCAUGCGGGCGUAUCUGUCAGGCACGCCCGAGUGCAAGUUCGGACUCAACGACCGAUUAUUGCUGGAGGGAGAUAACAUGACGAGUAGUCUGGGGGGUCGACUUGACAAUGCGACCGGCAGCAGCAGCAGGCGGAAGAAUAAGACCCGCGCGGCGGCCGGUUCCGUCACGCUGGAAGACUGCCAGUUCCAUCAGUGCGUCCAGCUGGGACGGUUUGACGCCGACCGGAUCAUCUCGUUUGUGCCGCCGGACGGGGAAUUCGAGCUGAUGCGCUACCGCGCGACGGAGAACGUCAACCUGCCCUUCAAGGUGCACCCGAUCGUACGGGAGAUCGGGACCACAAAGGUCGAGUACAGCGUGGCGAUCAAGGCGAAUUACGGCUCGAAGCUGUUCGCGUCGAAUGUCGUCGUUCGCAUCCCCACGCCGCUCAACACCGCAAAGACCGUCGAGCGGACCUCCCAGGGCCGCGCCAAGUAUGAGCCCGAACAGAACAAUAUCGUCUGGAAGAUUGCCCGCUUCACGGGGGGCAGCGAGUAUGUCCUUACUGCCGAAGCUACCCUGUCCUCCAUGACGCAUCAGAAGGCCUGGAGCCGCCCCCCGCUGAGCCUCUCCUUUAGUCUGCUCAUGUUUACCUCCUCGGGCUUGCUGGUCCGUUACCUCAAGGUCUUUGAGAAGAGUAACUAUAGUAGUGUCAAGUGGGUGCGCUACAUGACCCGUGCAGGGAGUUAUGAGAUUCGUUUCUAG